AUGGCCAAGGCAAGGUAUCUGGCAUCACCCGGCGGAGCUGAAUUGCAACUGUACAGUUGCAAGUCCCCAUUCUUAUUUGCCGAGCUAGAUGGUAUCACCCCUGAUACCAUUCCUUCCGGUGCCAGCCUCAGCGUCCCAGCGGGGCCGUUGCCUCUGCCUGAGGAGAACGAGGAGGCUCCACCCCCCACCUUUCCUUGUGGGGCCUGCGGCUUUGUUAACAAUGUCACGGUCCACAAACCUUUCAAAUGGUACGCGGUUAUCCGUGGUUGGGCUGUCGGCGUCGUCCAAGGAAGCUCGGAUUCGACUGCGUUGACCACUGGCGUCACUGCUGGUCAUGCAUCCAAGGGGAGCACCAAGAAGGAGGCCAUCACUAUCUUUAACCAGGCUCUUUCCAAGGGCCAGGUCACUGUAGUACCUAAGAUGCUGAAGAUCUAG